AUAUCCUUCGGUUUUUCAACUAACGUAAGUAUGGCUAGCACUACAAUCGUGGUGCUCUUUUUUCUAAUUCUGUGGGUUUCAACCACCACCGCCUACCCACCACCGCCACCAAUCCAAUGCCCCGCGGGAACCGGCGGCUGCACCCUCCAGAAUUCCUACGGCGUAUGGGGUGACAGAAAAGACUGUCGUGCCUCCAACGUCAUCUACCCAACCACCCAACAACAACUUCUCUCAAUCGUAGCCAAUGCAGCCAAAAACAAACUUAAACUCAAAGUUGUAUCCAAAUUCUCCCACACCAUACCCAAAUUCGCCUGUCCUGCCGACGGAAAUUCCUCAGUUCUCAUCAGCACCCAAAACUACAAUUCCGGCAUCGAUAUUGAUGUUUCUGCACUCACUGUGACUGCGGACGCCGGAGUUAGUCUCCGAGAUUUGAUAAACAAAGUGGAAGAUGCAGGUUUGAGCCUGGUAGCUGCGCCUUACUGGGAAGGUGUUAGUGUGGGUGGGGUGAUAAGUACCGGUGCUCACGGCAGCUCAUGGUGGGGCAAAGGCGGAGCAGUUCACGAUCAUGUGAUGAAAAUCGAUAUGGUGGUUCCAGCUAAAGAAAACGAAGGGUUUUCCAAGAUUCUUCAUUUGGAUGCCAAAAAUCAACUCUUCAAUGCUGCCAAAGUUUCUUUAGGCACCUUGGGUAUCAUCUCCAAGGUGACACUAAGUUUGGUGAAAGGGUUCAAGAGAAGCAUCACCUUCAAUUUCACCGACGAUGGUGGUUUGGAAGAUUCAUUCAUGAGCCAUGCAAAGGCUCAUGAGUUUGGAGACAUCACAUGGUAUCCUUCCAAACACACGGCGGUUUACAGAUACGAUGAUCGGGUUCCGAUGACCACGAAGGGCGAUGGCACCAACGACUUUCUUGGUUUCCAGUCUAAUCUCAUUGUCGUCUCUAAAUCUACAAGAGCCACUGAGAGAAAGCUCGAAAAGGCGAAAAACAUAAAGGGCAAAUGUGCAAUGGCGAGUUCUUUCAUAACCUACAAGAAACUAAUAGCAAACGGGUUAAAAAACAACCUAAUCUUCACCGGAUAUCCAGUCAUCGGCCGUCAAGGCAAGAUGCAAACUUCAGGUUCAUGCUUGUACUCAUCAUCUAAAGAUAUCGCAAACACUUGUGCAUGGGACCCACGCAUCGACGGAUUAUUCUUCUACGAAACCACCGCCAUCUUCCCUGCGCGAAAGUUCAGGGACUUCAUUCUGGAUGUUAAGAAGUUGCGAGACCUAAAUCCCGACAACUUUUGUGGCGUAGACAUAUACAACGGACUGUUGAUACGUUUCAUCAAGGCAUCAACUGCUUAUUUAGGUCAAUCUACUGAUUCAGUGGUGGUCGACUUCAACUACUAUCGAGCUGACUCGGGAACGACGCCGAGGCUGAACCAAGAUGUGAUGGAAGAAGUGGAGCAAAUGGCGUUUUUGAAGUAUGGUGCGAGGCCACAUUGGGCUAAGAACAGGAAAGUCGCGUUUUCGAAGGUGGAGAAGAAGUACGAAGGGUUUAAUGGGUUCGUGGCAGCUAAAACGAAGAUGGAUCCGGAGAAUAUGUUCUCAAGUGAAUGGUCGGAUGAGUUGUUGUUCGGAAAGAAAGGGGUGGAUUUUGAUGGGUGUGGUUUGGAAGGUGAAUGUGUGUGCUCGGAGCACAGACACUGUAGUCCGACAAAUGGCUAUUUUUGUCGAUCUGGGCUUGUUUACAAAGAAGCUCGUGUUUGUAGAUACUCACCAUCAUCACUCACUUGAUUGUUUAAUUUUUUAGUUAGUGACCGGUCUUAAUGUAGAAUAUAUAAAUCAAAAUAACAGCCUGUGUUUGUUUAUUGAAUGGAAAAUUGAAAG